GCGGACUCCGCUGCUCUGAGGGCAUUGACACUCACAGGCGCCCAACCAAGUUGCAUGACAAAACUCUGCAGCUCGUCCUACGAAAAAAGGAAACAGCUUGCUUUUUUUUCUUCUGCUAUUUAUUCAUGGAUAGUGAAAUGAACAUUGUUUUGCGGUCCUGGUAGGCGGCAAGGCAGUCUUGACUUUGACACACACGGUCAAACAUGCCAGUCCUUGGUGUUAAACAUCUCAUACUUAUCCAGUGGGUUGCGCCUCGUGCCUCGCUGUCCUCAGUAUCCAGCCAGAACUUCCUGCGACUUAAAUGCAGUCAGUCAUCACGAUAAUUUUUCUCCUGCCUUUAAAGUUUUGCUUUGCUUUCCAUAAGUAUUUUCAGGCUUUUAAAAUUUUCUUUUCUGUGUGGGGGAGGGAUCACUGAAUUAAAAUUCACGUUAUCGUUAAAUUUAGCAGGGGGAGCACCAGCUGGUAAUCGUGAUGAAUCUACUUGUUCGCAUUGGUUCCAGAGCAUUGAAGAGUGCUUCCACCAUUGGUCCAAGCAAUCUUCAGCGGUGAUCCAGAGGAGAUACGGAUGCUCAUCUACAAAACGGAAGAUGUGAAUGCUCUGGAUUCUGAGAAGCGAACCCCGCUUCACGUGGCUGCGUUUCUGGGAGAUGCAGAGAUCAUUGAACUCCUGAUUCUGUCAGGAGCUCGUGUGAAUGCCAAGGACAACAUGUGGCUGACCCCGCUGCACCGGGCUGUUGCCUCCAGAAGUGAAGAAGCAGUGCAAGUGUUGAUUAAGCACUCGGCUGACGUCAAUGCGAGGGACAAGAACUGGCAGACCCCGCUCCACGUGGCAGCAGCCAAUAAGGCUGUCAAGUGUGCAGAAGUCAUCAUUCCCCUGCUGAGCAGCGUCAAUGUCUCUGACCGAGGGGGACGCACAGCCUUGCACCACGCCGCUCUGAAUGGCCAUGUGGAGAUGGUUAAUUUACUCUUGGCCAAAGGGGCAAACAUCAAUGCGUUUGACAAGAAGGACCGGCGUGCUCUGCACUGGGCAGCUUAUAUGGGCCACCUGGACGUUGUGGCUUUGCUCGUUAACCACGGCGCGGAAGUGACGUGUAAGGAUAAGAAGGGCUACACGCCCCUGCAUGCCGCGGCCUCCAAUGGGCAGAUCGGCGUUGUCAAGCAUCUCCUGAAUCUGGGGGUGGAGAUUGAUGAAAUCAACGUGUAUGGAAACACGGCCCUCCACCUGGCCUGCUACAACGGGCAGGAUGCUGUAGUCAACGAGCUGACCGACUACGGUGCUAAUGUGAACCAGCCCAAUACCAGCGGGUUCACCCCGUUGCAUUUUGCUGCUGCCUCCACACACGGUGCUUUGUGUCUUGAACUAUUAGUAAACAACGGGGCGGAUGUUAACAUUCAGAGUAAAGAUGGUAAAAGUCCUCUGCACAUGACAGCUGUCCACGGAAGGUUCACACGGUCACAAACCCUCAUUCAGAAUGGAGGUGAAAUUGACUGUGUGGAUAAGGAUGGCAACACUCCUCUCCAUGUGGCUGCAAGAUACGGUCAUGAACUUUUGAUUAACACCUUAAUAACCAGUGGAGCUGACACAGCCAAGUGUGGAGUCCAUAGCAUGUUCCCCUUACAUUUAGCUGCCCUCAAUGCUCACUCUGACUGCUGCAGAAAGUUAUUGUCAUCGGGACAAAAGUAUAGCAUAGUAUCCUUGUUUAGUAAUGAGCACGUGCUGUCUGCAGGCUUUGAAAUAGACACCCCAGAUAAAUUUGGAAGAACGUGCCUUCACGCUGCUGCUGCAGGAGGUAAUGUGGAAUGUAUAAAACUCUUGCAGAGCAGCGGAGCAGAUUUCCAUAAAAAGGACAAGUGUGGGAGGACCCCUCUGCACUAUGCAGCUGCAAAUUGUCAUUUCCACUGUAUUGAGACAUUAGUGACCACAGGGGCCAGUGUUAAUGAAACCGAUGACUGGGGCCGCACCGCUUUGCACUAUGCUGCUGCAUCAGACAUGGAUAGAAAUAAGACUAUCUUAGGAAACGCCCAUGAAAAUUCUGAAGAACUUGAAAGAGACAGAGAGCUGAAAGAAAAGGAAGCUGCAUUAUGUCUAGAGUUUCUGCUUCAACAUGAUGCAAAUGCAUCUAUCCGGGACAAGGAAGGCUACAAUAGCAUACAUUAUGCUGCUGCCUAUGGCCACAGACAAUGUCUGGAAUUGCUUUUGGAAAGAACCAACAGUGUUUUUGAAGAGUCAGAUGCUGGUGCUACCAAGAGUCCGCUCCACUUAGCUGCCUACAAUGGGCACCACCAGGCCUUGGAAGUCCUCCUGCAGUCGCUGGUGGACCUGGACAUCAGGGAUGAGAAAGGCCGCACUGCUCUGGAUCUGGCUGCCUUUAAGGGACACACAGAGUGUGUGGAAGCGCUUAUUAAUCAGGGUGCAUCCAUCUUUGUGAAAGACAAUGUAACCAAAAGAACCCCACUUCAUGCCUCAGUAAUUAAUGGUCACACACUGUGUUUGCGGCUAUUACUAGAAAUUGCAGACAACCCAGAAGUGGUUGACGUGAAAGAUGCCAAAGGACAAACCCCACUGAUGCUUGCAGUAGCAUAUGGACACAUUGAUGCUGUUUCGUUGUUACUUGAAAAGGAAGCAAAUGUGGAUGCUGUUGACAUCAUGGGCUGCACAGCUUUACACAGAGGGAUUAUGACAGGCCAUGAGGAAUGUGUGCAAAUGCUGCUGGAACAAGAAGUGUCGAUUCUGUGUAAAGACUCCAGAGGGAGGACACCCUUGCACUAUGCGGCUGCUCGUGGCCACGCCACGUGGCUGAGUGAGCUGCUGCAGAUAGCACUUUCCGAGGAGGACUGUUCUUUCAAAGAUAACCAGGGCUACACGCCGCUGCACUGGGCUUGUUACAAUGGUAAUGAAAACUGCAUAGAGGUACUUUUGGAGCAAAAAUGUUUUCGAAAAUUUACUGGUAAUCCCUUCACUCCACUGCACUGUGCAAUAAUAAAUGAUCAUGAGAAUUGUGCAUCAUUGCUACUUGGGGCCAUAGAUUCCAGUAUUGUCAAUUGUAGAGAUGACAAAGGCAGGACACCACUUCAUGCAGCAGCAUUUGCUGAUCAUGUGGAGUGCUUGCAGCUUCUUCUGAGACACAACGCUCAAGUGAACGCAACAGACAAUUCAGGGAAAACAGCACUGAUGAUGGCUGCUGAGAACGGGCAGGCCAGCGCUGUGGAUAUUUUGGUGAACAGUGCCCAGGCUGACCUGGCUGUAAAGGAUAAGGACUUGAACACACCCUUACAUUUGGCUAGUAGUAAAGGUCACGAAAAAUGUGCCUUGUUAAUACUUGACAAGAUACAAGACGAGAGCCUUAUUAACGCAAAAAACAAUGCACUGCAGACACCCCUCCACGUUGCUGCACGCAAUGGCUUGAAGGUAGUCGUUGAGGAGCUGCUAGCCAAAGGGGCUUGCGUACUUGCUGUAGAUGAAAACGGUCAUACCCCGGCCCUGGCUUGCGCUCCUAACAAAGACGUGGCUGACUGCCUGGCCCUCAUUCUGGCUACCAUGAUGACUUUUUCUCCUUCCAGUACCAUGACGGCUGUCAACUUCGUUUGUUUUAAAAAAGACAGUUUGAGCAGGACGACCCUCUCCAACCUGGGUAGCAUGGUUAGCCUGUGCAGUAACAACGUAGGCUCGGAGGAUGGGUACAAUGAAAAUGAUUCUGAUUCGGAAACGUUUUGACUUUGGACCGUAGAAGCUUUUCCUUGAUCACCCAUGUUGGAGGAAGGGAAAGAAGCUUGAAUUCCAGGUUUAUGUUGUGUUCAAGUAUUAUUAUGGGCCCGAGCUUCCAGAAGCCAGUAGAGAAGGAAUUAAUUAAACCGAGGGAAGGCAGCUAGGCUGUAGGGCAAAGCACUCACACAGAUGGGCCUCGAUUUUGCUUUGUUUCAUAUUUUCCUUAGAUCUGAGAUACUUCUGUGAAAGUCUACCUCUCAUUUUAAGUAAGGAAUAAAAAAAAUGCAUUUAAUUCUUUUUCUUUGUGGAUAGUGCAACUGAGAGGGAACUGGUCUCUAAAAGAUUUUUUUUCGUGUACUCACUCGGCGGUGAGUUCUCAGAAGUGUAUCAAUAUGAUAUUCAUGUCCCCCAGGAGGGGAGGGAAUGGCUGGGUAGGAAAUGCCUCAAACCUCUUCUCACUUUGAUGUUUACUUCCUUACUAGAAGCCAAAGGUAGAGGUGUUCAUCUUCAGAAAUAAUGCCUUCAUCUUCAGAAAUAAUCUUUUUAAAGGAGUCCAAUUAUUCAUAUCCUAUCUAUAGUAAGCACUUAAAUAUCCAGAACUUCUUUUUGAGGAUUUUUGUUAAAGUUGCCAGAUGAAGGGAAAAGUUCACGGAAAUUGAACUUGCUUUCUUCGUUUAACAUAAAGGUAGCACUCAGUGGUCCCCAUAACAAGCCUGUGACUAAUUUUCACCCGAGUGAUCGAACCCAAAUCGCUCCAGUAACAUUUCAGGUGAAAAUUAUAUUGCACCAAAACUUUGAGACAUAAUGCAAAUAUAAUAUGAAACUACCCUUUAUUAAUUUGUCUGUAAAUCAAAAUACCAACUUUAUGAAAACAUAAGAACCAUCAGUAUUGUUCAUCAGUAGUAAAAUGUUAAACGAGCUUCUCGGUCAAAGUCAUGCCCCAGUGAGUGGAAGUGUGACUCCAAAAGGGAACAAAGUGAAAGCACGAUGUAGAAAUGGGCAAUGUGGAAAUUAAGGCCAAUUAAAGUUGCUUGAUGAUGAAGUCACCGUAGUGAAUACUGUGUCUGCUCCCUCUGCCAAAGCUUCUAGGUCAAAUGGACCCCGUUCCACACCUGGAAUAGCUGUACAAAAAGAAGAAUGAGACUUUUUAGAUUAUGCACAUACACAUGCACACGUAUAUGUAUGUAUUUAUAUAUAUAUGUCUGUAGUUCGUCAACCAGCUAUCCACGAGGACCAAAAUGCUUCAGUCUAAAAUGGAAGAUUUAAAUUGUUUUCCUUCGAAGUGGAAGUGAGAACUGAAAUAGCUUUUCUAUGGAGUUAAAAUGUAAUCUUUUUGCGUAACAGUCUUUGUUCUGUUUUAUAUUUCUUAUGACACAGAUUUCUAGUUGAUGGCUUAACAUUUGUAACUGAUAAUGUGUUGACUACAAGCUUAUUUUUUUGCCAAACUAGAGAAAAUGUUCAUAUACUUUUGAUGUAAAUGUGUUUGUAUUUAUUUGAAAUGAAACAAAUGCCGAGGAAACAUCCAUUGUUUGUUCUCUGUUUUAAUUCCUACUUGUCUUACUUGGAAUCAUGAAAAAGCCGGAAAAUACACAGGACUCUCCCUGGGCUGGCCCUCAGUCCUGGGGCCAAGCCCAGCAGCAUUUCCACUCCUAAGGUUUCCAGCCAGCCCUCAGGUUCUUCCACGUCGGUCGGAAAGGGGUAAAACAUCAGUGGCUCAGCCCGUGUGUAGCCAGCUCAGAGCUUAAAAGACACUGCAGUCCUGUGAUCUUCUGCGAGAUGAAAACUGAAGUGUGUACUGGAUCAUAUGCCCAAAAGUGGCCCAAAGAAAGAUAUAGAAAUUAUCCUGAAUGCGCUGAAAAAUCUCACAUGAUCCCAGCAACCUAAUGGGAAACUAUGUCAGUGCGUGGGCACAUGUACCAAGAAGAGAAAUAAAAACCACCAGCUCAUGCUAUUUUCCACUUGAGGAAGAGACAGGAAAGAAACAUGUUGCAUUAAGGUAGUGCUCUCCGACAUUUUAUAAUCGAUUCCAUUUUCACCCUGAAAAUUUCUAUCUUAUAAUAUAUGUGAGAUAUUUUUAAAACAGUGUUCUAUCAUGUCUGGAUCAAAUACAGAUACUGUAUUAUAUAUUUCAUCUAAUUGUAAAAGACUUUAAUCUUACUCUGUAAUAUCCUGGAUUUAAUUAAAAACUCAUGCUGGGUUCUUCACAAAUGAGAACUUGUUCAGAGGACUUCUAAGAACUGGUAUUAAUUUCACUGAAAAAUUUUGACACCACCAUAUUGUUUUUUUAAUUCUUGGUGUUGUGUUCCCCUCCUCCCUCUGUCCUUUCUGUUUGUUUCGAGAAGAUGAGUUUCGAAAAAGUGGAUAAAUUGCUAAUGAGCAGUAAUGACCUUAUCUUUACCAAAACCCUGAAAAUAAGGGAGAUCUAACACUGAAGAAGCACGAUAUACUGCGGAGUCUUUUUCUAGAAGUGAAUGGAAAUCUUGCUCAGUUGGCAUUUAAAGCAGGAUAUGCGAUGCCUGCUUUAAUGGUGAAGCAGCAUUAACAUUUUUCCCCGGAGAGUAGCACAGAGAACAAGAAACAUUGCGGCAAAACAGUGGCAGCCACGCGACAUUAUCUCCACGGAGCUGCGUUCUGACUUCUCCCCACUCUUUCACUGCUAGAAAGAAGGAAGACAAAGGAACAAAAUGAAAUCAUGCUAUGAAUUGUUCACUGAAUCCAUCUCUCGCCCCCGCUCUCUUUCUCCCUCUUCCCCAGACCAAUUCUUUUCCUUUAAGAAACGACUUUAAAAACUAUGAGUUCUGCUUUUCACAUACAUCUCUUAGAAAUAAAGCUAGAUUUUCCACAUAGCUUUCUAAGAAAAACAAAAACAGAAAACAUUGUGCUUUUACCUUAAUGUGUUCUUUUUAGACUGUAUUUUAACCACAGCCACGGGGAUCAUGUUUCAUCGCACUUACCUAUUCGCCGGUGUCUGCCUAUCCUGGGUAAAUAUGUUACUAUCUCCAAAUUGCCUAAAAUCUGCUAUGAUUCCACAGUAAAUAGCUCAGGGGAUUUCUAUUUAUCACUACUAAAAGGGCACCAUAGUAUGUUUUGGUACUUUAGGCAGUAAACAGCUGCUUGGUUUAUUAUUUUAUUAUUAAAUUAGGACAAGAACAUCAAAUGGAUUUGCUGCACUAGUAAUUCUUCGUACUGUUGAGCAACUAGGUUUGCUUAUCUGUUGUGUUGGUUGAAGAACUCAUCCCUUUUUUUGUCUUGUAAUAUGAAGUUAGAGUGCCUUUUUAUAUUUGUAUAUUCUGAAAAUGUUCUGUGAAAUGUUUGGUAUUUUUUUCAUUUGAGUGUUAUCAGAGCAAUAUAAUACCAGUGAGUUUUCAUUUCCGCCUUUCUUUGAAUGUAUAAAGUGUCUUUUUCCUCCUUCCCCUUUUACCUGCUUUGAAAUGAAAAUGAAGAUGCAAAGUUUUCUAUAGGAAUUGUUUGAUAUUGCAGUGCUAAACUGCUUUCUUUUUACAGAACUGUAAACCAUAGGUCAGUGUUAUAGGGCAAGAGCAUUUUAAGAUAGUGACAAUCUGAGUGUGUGUAUAAAAUGUAAUUCUCAGCGUUUCUUAUGCAGUGAUCUAAAAAUUCAAUGCAAAUAUCUUUUGUUUGGUAGUUUUGUCUAUAUAUUUUAUGCUUUAGCAUGUGCAAUAUAUCUUUGUAAAGCACGAUGAUACAAAUCUGGUGCCAGUGUUAUAUUUUGCAUAACAUAUUUGUAACAGCAUAAAAUAUUGUUUGAUGAUUUCAGUGGGAUUUUUGUCUGUAAUGUUUUCUUACGUAAGUUGGAGUUGAAUGACUCUGGUAAAUGCCAUGACUGUAAAAAUGAGGAAAUGACUUUGAACCAAUCUGAAUCUUCUCAAGCACAGUUUAAUACUUUUUCAACUACUGAAUGCUAAUAAUGUAAUGAAGUACUUAACUGUAAUAUACUAUGGAAAUGCAUUCAGAUGGUUAUUUUUACAAAUAAAAGCGGUACAAAUAUU